AUGAGUGACUGGCAGCAGGAAGCUGCCAAUGCCACCUGGAACGACGGCGGUGACGCGGGAGGUGAUAAGUGGAACGAUGGAGGCGAUGGCUUCGGUGCUGGUGCCACCAACGACAUGGCCGUUGUCGCAGCUGAUGACAACGCGAAUGGGGAUACCUGCCGCAACUGCGGACAGGCCGGCCACUUCGCUCGUGAAUGUCCGGAACCGAGAAAGCCCUCUGGGGCAUGUUUCAACUGUGGCCAGGAAGGGUAUGACACGCUCCCAUUUGACAUCAAGACUUUUUCUCUUUUGGCUGACACCCUGAAAACAGUCACAACAAGAGCGACUGCCCAAACCCUCGUGUUUUCACCGGCACCUGUCGUAUCUGUGAAAAAGAAGGACAUCCAGCUGCUGAAUGUCCUGACCGUCCCCCAGAUAUCUGCAAGAACUGCAAGGGAGAAGGUAUAG